AUGUCCUCUCAAGCCGACAAAGAAAUGCUCCUAGGCGGCGAGAAUAGAGAACAACAGGACCUCGAGUCGAGCAUUUUCAGUGGGAGCAUGGAACUUGAUCACGAUGAGGUCGCGGGAUUCUCCAGGCGAAGCUCACGAGUUGGUCGCUUCUUGAACCUCCCAUGGUGGAAGGUGUUAGUCGCGUUUCUGGCCAUCUGGGGCUUCAUAGACCUGGUCAGGGUGGUGAUCAGGCUCUCUCAGCAACCUCCCACGGCAAACACGGAUCACGGCGACCUCUCGUGGUACUGUAGACGGGAUUGCGGCAAAACGCUCAAGGAAGCAGAGCCUAAGGGCUGCCAAAACUUCCUUAGUGCCGGUCCUGGCCCCGACGGAACGUGGCUGUACGCUAUCGAUGUGGACUGGACGCAUGGCGCAGAGAGCCAUGGCAACAUCAACAACGGCAGCAUGUACAUUAUAGACUCCAAAGAGCUGGUCAAACUGGUCAAGCCCAGUCUGACGUACUGGAAGAAGGUGUCUUUAAGCCGUUUUGACGGCAUACUGUUGCCUAUGGCGAGGGCAGAGGAAGCUGAGCAUUCGUAUCACUGCACGAGAAUGAUCACCAACUACCUGAGUAAGAAGCACCUGACGGACCAGUUUAAGACAAGCUUUAGCGCUUCAGCUUCUGAAAAAGAUGCACUGAGGUUGGAUGAGACUGGUGCUUCGCUAAAAUGGCUCUAG